AUGGCGAGUAUUAUAGCGGUGUUUGUGUGUCUAACUAGCGAGUUGUUUUACCUGCCGGUAUUUAGUGCGAACGUUUCGAGUUUGGCCAGUAAUUUAUCUUUUGUAGCCGAGAAUCUUGAAAAUUUUACUGGCAAUACAGAUCUAUUCUCUCUGGCACUAGACGAGUAUGGAGAGGAAAAUGGGAAUACGAGCAAAGCCAUACGCUUUGUUUUGGGAGAAAAUGUGGACGAUAAUAACAGUAGCACUAGGCAGACACAACCAUCUGUCGUUGACACCACUACCACCACUAUCACCAAACGUGAAGCGCCACCUACACGCUCCACCACACCUAUUUUUGAAACACCACCUGUCGUCUCCACCACCGCCAUCACCAUUUACGAGACCGCAUCCUUCUUCUCCACCCCGCUGACCCCCAGCAGCGAGCAGCCGACCAUAGCCGUGACACGGAGCAAGAUCUUCGCCCUGCUCGAGUUGUGGAGCAGACGACACAAGUCACCGGAGUCGGCCCGGGACGUCCAGCGUGGCUACUGCCCCAUGCGCUGCUCCAGGGGCGAGCUGGUCAGCGUGGAGGAUGACAGCACCACGUGUGACGAGUUCCAGUGUGUCCGCUGUGAGUGUCGGCGGCCGGCCUGUGACGUGUACGGCAUCUGCUGCCCGGAGUUGUCCGAAAUUCCAUUUUCUCUUACCCACGAUUCAUUCUUUGUGAGUCCCCUGAGUGACGCCUUUGUGACUCCCCUGAGUGACACCUCACUCAAGACCCAGAUAACGACACCGGCGUCACACAAUACUUCAGCUCGUGGAGACGAUCUAAAUUUAGCUUCGGUAAACCCCGGUAAAAGAGGAAACAGCUCCCAACUAGGGUGUGAAGCCAACACAGCCUCCUACACUUUCCUGUACGUACGCUCAUGCCCACCAGAUUACACGGACGACAUGGACAGUGUGAACUUGUGUCAGAGUAACGUGAACGAUGACAACACGACAAUGGCCAUUUACACACGUGUUUAUGACGUCACUACAACGGCUGUUUAUAAAAAUAUCUACUGUGCCACAUGUAACGGUGUAACUAAGACUGCAGUUGUCCCCGUGUUGAUCGAGUGCAGCAGCUACAUGUCUGUCUACACUGCGACAGACCCAGACACCUUCCUCAGACUUGCCCUGAGGGCAGACUCCACCUGCCGGGUCAUGCACUCACCCCCGGGGAACACUCGUUUUCUCACCUGUGAUAAGUUUCAAUACAGGGAGCAGGUGACUAAGGUUCCUGUAAGUAAUGUGACAACUGACCUUGGCUAUCACCACAGGGAGCAGGUGAUUGACAGGUGUCCAGCUGAGAAAGACCUGGGUGAAGUAGAGCAGGCCUGCCACAGCCUGAAGGACAACAUUUUUAAAGUCUACAACUUGAACAGUCUGAGGAACUACCAGAAUAUUUUCUGUGCCAUCUGCAACAAGGUCUCUAUCACUGAAAUGUUGCACCGGAUUUCAAAAAGGUCGGCGUAUGAGGGCGACAAAGUCUCAUGUGACGUCCAGUUCAGCAAACCUCCCCCACCGCCCCUCAUGUUUUCUCUAAUGUUCAACUUUCGCUGGGAAAACAAGGACGAUAAUCCGACCAGGACCGCCCUGUCAAACUGUUCUAUAGAUGAGUGGUCUACCCUUGAUGGCACGUGUAUGCCACUGAUGUGCUCACCCGGCAAACUCCUGACCAACAGGACCUGUACAACGGCCUUGACCGAGAUCCGAGGUCUGAGCUACAGACUGCGCCUGCUGCUGCCCCGGGCAGUCCCAGACCAAUGCCAGACCACAGGGAACCUGACCACAGGGAACCUGACCACAGGGAACCUGACCCACACGCUGACCUCUCGACUGUCCAACUUGACAACUGACUACAGCCUAGAGGCAGGCGUCAUCUUUAAACCCCAUCACGUGACAACUGACCAAUGGCCAGCCUGUGCAGCUCUCAUGUUUUGGGCGGAUGUGAACCUCACAGCAGACUUCGACCUUCACCUCUCACGUGACCAGCUCGAGAAGAAAAUGCUCGACAUUUUUCUAAAUCAACCAAUUACCCUGGAACUUGACGCGGGCAAGAAAAUCAAGUUAAAUCCAAUCCUUUGGUCAGAUUUCUUCAGUCCUGAUUCCCACUGUCAAGACUCGGGUUUGGAGUGUCAUUCACUCACAUACAAUGUGCGGGCCAUCACUGAGCUAGCCACUCGACCAGUCUACAUCAUCGCCAGCAGAACUUUGACAUGCAGCUAUGUGAGGUUCGAACCGCCACACUACCAGCUAAACACGGAGUUGUUGACCUCUCAACCUACAGCACAGCUGACCUUACAGGUCAACACGCAGCGCAUGCGCUUCAGCGAUGUGUCGGACUUAAAUUGGCUACACAUGGACGCAGCCGGUGUGUUACACGUGUGUGUUGACCUGCUGGAGACCUACACACCUCAAACACAGGAUGUGUUGACGGCCACCGUGUUAGCCAUCUACUACCUCUCACUGGUGUGUUCUGGGGCAUCGGUCACGUGCUGUUGUAUAACCUUGAUGACGUAUUUCCGGUUUCCGGUGCUGCGCAGUGCUGCUGGCUACAACAUCAUGUUCCUGUCCUUUAGUCUGUUGCUGGCACAAGUUCUGUACAUUGCUCUGAGUCACACCCCCACGACCAGCCAGCUCUGCCCCACCCUGGGGAUCUCCGCCCACGUCUGCUGGCUCUGGAUGUUCUCCUGGACCUACCUCUGCAGCUUCCACAUGUUCCGGAUCUUUACCGCCAAAACUCGUCACGUGACCGACAGGGCGUGUCCCCAGCUGUUGCAGCGGGUCAUCGUGUCGCUGGUCCUACCGCUGACCACUGUGGCCGCGGUGGUGGCUGGGUCCUACGUCACAUCCGGUGGAGCCAGGAUUGGGUAUGGACGCUACAGGUGUUAUCUGGACUCAGGAUUUCUUGUAGGUGUGUCAAUGGUCGUACCCCUAGCCACGAUUAUAGCCGCCAACUUCCUCAUGUUUGCUGUGACUGGCUUUAAGAUCCACGCUGUGAAGAAGCUACAGGACAACGCCCAUUUCAAGAGAGACAACCGACGUAAUUUCGUGAUCUAUAUCAAGUUAUCGUCCUUGACUGGCGUCUAUUGGGCCAUAGCUCUUGUUGGCGAGGCCAUUAACUCGGAUGCUUUAAGAUGUGUAUCUGUGGUCUUGAAUGGACUUCAGGGCGUGUUUAUCUUUGUGUCGUACAUCUGUAAUAGCCGGGUCUUGAGGCUUAUGACAGGGCGGGGCGGCACAGAGGGCAGCACUCGUCCGUCGGGCAGCAGCCUAGCUGGCAGCACUAAGAACAACGUAGAUGGCAGCACUAGAAACAACAUAGAGGGCAGCACAAAGAACAACAUAUAGGGCAGCACUAAGAACAACAUAUAGGGCAGCACGAAGAACAACUAUUUGGAUGUCAGCACUUAGAACAGCACAAAGUAGAGGGCAAUUUUAAAAACAACUGCUUGCAUGUCAGCACAAGGUAGAGGGCAGCACUAAGAGCAAGGUAGAGGGCAGCACUAAAACCUUUCCGCUACAACAAUAAACAAUCCAAUUUUAAAAUUUAAAAAAUUUACAGCUGCAAAGCAACAAAACAAAAGAGCCUAUGGUUGGCCAUCAAGUUGUUAAAAGGUUGUUCUAAGUUCCACGUCCACAUGAAUCACACUGGUCAACCAAGCGCUCAAGUAUUUCCUGC